UCAAAGUGAAUACAGAUCUAAAUGAGCUCAGUGAUACUCCUCCAAGAUACAAAAAGAAUCUGUUUAGACUUGACAAUCACAAACAGAUAAAUCUGAAGAAGACGAUUAUCUCUAAAAAUGUUCAUAAUCGCUCUACUAUGGAGCCUUCAAAAGAAAUCAGAGGUAUCGCACACAGGAAAAGGACUGGGGAUGAUUACAGAUUUAUGGUCAGUUCGCCAACCCAGAAUAUCAAGAGGCCAAAACUGAAGCACUCAAAUACGAAGGCGUUCAGGCAUGGAGGACAGGAUACAUUGACAAAAGACUUACUGUCUCCAAAUUGAACCUCUCCUGCCAACUUUUCUAAGAAUUCUGACUACAAGAGGAGCAAUUGCAAGAAUUUAGAUGAAAUCAGCUCCCCAAACUCCAGUAUUUCAAAUGAAAAUAAGAAUAUUUUUACCACGAAGCAACAGGGAUUUGAGCCUCAGAUCCUGAGCCUCUAGCUCCUGUUUUCGCUUAUAUUUCAUUUUCAAUAAUUUUUG